AUGUUUGCGUUUGAUGCUGUACAGAGGCGGAGGCUUAUACAGGAACUGGGUGAGCAGAGGAUUCCCUACCUUUCUCCUGCAGACCCAGGAUUUCAGGAACUGUGGGACUCCAGUUAUGCAGGACUGGCUUUACGACAGUCUAGUGCCCUGCCAGAUGGUCUCCAUGAGAGGGUGCAGUCUGCUUUGAGAACUCUUCAGCGGCGUGGAUGUCUCCUCCGAGAUCUUGUCCGAGUCCGAGAUCGGGACGUCUUCACAGCUGUUUCGCGUGCUCUCGUGGGUCAGCCGGGCUACACAUACCGUUAUCUGGACACCCGUCUGUUCACUAUCCCCUGGCACUGUGAGGGAGAAGAAGGCCAGAAAGAUGAGAAAGACAAACCUUGCUGUGACUCCGACCUGAGGGACGCUUGCAAAGCAUUGUGGGAGCUCAAUCAGUUCUUUUGCUCGGAUGUAAAGCAGCAGACAAACGCAAGAGGCGUCAAGCGUUCCCGCAGUGACACUGAAAACAGUGAAGACACACCGGGGGAGGGAAUGUGCGAAGAGAGUGUUAAGGACAGGUUACUUGAGGAGAAGCAGGAGAAAGAGGAGGAGGAGGAGGAGGAAGAGGAAGAAGACAGUGGUCAGGGCUGUUCUCAUUCCUCACCUCCUUCAUCUGCUCUGCCACCUGAUGUGGCCGGCCUGGUUCAGUUUAACAUUACCCUCAUCAACUACAUGGACCCUACAGCCAUGACCCAACUGAAGGAAGAGCCGUAUUAUGGCAUGGGCAAGAUGGCGGUCGGUUGGCAUCAUGAUGAGAACCUGGUUCCUCUGUCACCAGUUGCUGUCUACAGCUAUAGCUGCCCAGCAGAGCCAAAGAAUGAAGGGGUGACUGAAAAGGACGGGGAGGGACAGAGUAAAGAAAAAGAAAAAGAAAAAGAAACCGAGACAGGAGGUGAAGGAACAAGUAAAGAAGAACUGAAGAAAGAAGAAGGAGAAGGUUCGGAGAAGGAGGAAGUACAGAAAGAGAAGGCAUGUUGGCGUGUUGGACUGAAGGUGGCCUGGGACAUCCACACACCAGGUCUGGCUUUGCCUCUACAGUCCGGAGACUGCUACUAUAUGACAGGUACACAAUCACAUUCAUCUGUAUCCAGAAACAGUAGACUCAAGUACAUGUGUAAAGAGGAUUGUACCGUCUCGGUCAUGUUGAAAUGCAUUAGACCAGGAAUUAUCUUUCCCAGAGGAUAUACACAUCUACAUUCUUUUAUAUACAUAUGUGUCUGUUCCCCUAGGAUUUUGCUUCCACAGGUUCCUUUAUCAUGUGUAUCAGAGAGGUUAAGAAAACCAAAUGUUAUUUUAUGAAGCGCUGUGACCCCUGUCUGAGAGCAGGACUGAGAGAGAGAAUCAGUAAAUCAGACUUUUAUUACUGAUGGCUACAACAGAUGCCCCCUGUCUCCGACCCCAC